ACCCCAGAUGCAUGGGUCACUGGUGAUUUCAAGAAUCAUCUGACUUUGCUGCCUACGAUGCCUCUUGUACCGGCAACAAUAGCUUUAGCUACCACCUCAAUUGGAACAUCGGUUUCUGUCCCCUCUGUAGUUAUGGCAACGCAGUCAUUUGGCGGCGAUUCAACAGUCGACUCUUUCGGGAGCACCAAAGCACCCUUAUUCUUGUCCUCCUCUUCCGCACAGCUUUCAUCAAGCCUCCUUUACCCCUCCUCCAAUCGCCACACGGCGUUCGUUGCCAUGCCACGAAAAGAGCAGUAUGGCGCUCACCAACUAGAUCCAGGCUUACAGAUACCUCCAAAAUCCACUGGUCCAUUGUCCGUGCCCGAUAGUGCCUCUUUCUACUCCUCCAUCUCUUCAUCCUCUUCCCCAUCACCGUCGUCUUCUCCCUCUUCUUCUCCUUCUUCCUCUUUGGCUUCAUCGUCUUCUUCAUCUUCGUCUUUCUUCACUUCUCCUUGCUCUUACUCACUCUCUUCACAAACCUCUGCCGCGCAAGGUUCAUUCGCUUUCUUGCCUCCUCCAACUGAUAAAGUUGACAUACGUACAGGUCGCGGCUACCUGCAUGCUCUACAUCCGCCCGGCAGCAUGUCCAGAGAGUCGUCUUCUCCUCUUCAAUGCUCCAGUAGCUUCGCCACGAGCCUCUUCGAGGCCCCAUCUACCAGCGUCCCCUCAUCUGCACCGAACUCGGAGCAACGCUCGAGUCUGGUCCAACCUGAGGCAGUUGCUACCACCUCGGCGACAGCUUUGACGCUAGCUCAAGCCAAUUUGUCGCAAAUUGAACGCUUGGCCUGUAUCAGCAUGUCAGACCCCUCGACAAUCAGUCGACAUCAGCUACAACGGCAAUCUGAUAAGCCAAUCGGUCAGAGUCUGAGUCUGAGUCCACGCAGUGAGGUUUCUGAGAAUGUGGGAUACCUGAAGAUGCUGGGACAAAGGUGUGAGGAGGCUGAAAAUGUGAUUAAAGGUAAAUGUUUCAAGACCACCGGGUGGGUAGCUACGAGCGCUGGGAUAACAUUGGCAUCAUCAGCAUCUUUAUUUUUAUUGGACACUGAAUCUAGUCAUACUUUUACAAGAUAUGGAAAUAUCGUUAGUUUAUGA